CGGAAAUUCGAUAUUCUGCAUUGAUAGUGAUGAGUUUCGCCGAAAUCUGUAAUAGCACUCAAAUCCCAAAAGCUUUACUUUGGGAUGUUAAUCAAGUUGCUUCUUGGAUUGAAGGCAUUGGAUAUUCUCAGUACAAGGAAUGUUUUACUGAAAAUCAAAUUGAUGGUCGCAGUCUAAUUAAUAUCCACUCUUCAACACUUCCUCAUUUAGGCGUGACUGAGUUUGCAGAUAUUAAGGUAAAUUGAUAAUUCUACGCAGUCUGUUCAGAAUAUAGCAUGUAAAGUGAGGGAAGUUUUGAAUCUAGAUGAAAACGAGUCGUCGCGCAAAUUGCACUUGCCUCCAAGAAACAUAGUUGGGAUGUUUCUCGAAGCAAAAAGCUAUACUGGAAGCAAAUUAUCUGGACUCACAUUUCCCAGAUUUGUUUACAAUACUCGGAGUGCAAUUUGGCAACCUUCAUUAACAAAUAUGGGGAUGAUUUUUAAAUAUAAACAAUGAAUUCACCUGAGGUUUCUGUGGUGGUUAAAUGAAUAGUAACUUUCAAUGAGUAAUCACUAUGAGUACUUCCACAACAAUUAUUUUCACGUAUUGUUCAUUUUAACUUACCAGUAAAUAAUAAACUUUUGUUUUUAG